AUGAUCUUGUGGCGGAUUUAUGCUCUACGUCAAGAUAGCAUCAAAGUAGCAAGUCUGGACCGCGAUCCACCAAUGAAGGCGCCACUUAUUAGCAGGAGCAGUAGCAGUAGCAGAGCAGAAAGAGAGCAGGAGCAGGAAGGAGCAGUAGCAGUAGCAGGAGCAGUAGCCAUAAGUGCUUUUGGUGUCUAUACUGAAAGUCAACUCAGUCGAUACGCCAGGCAGAACAGCAUGCCACCAACGCUGCCAAAUGUGGAGAUCUGA